CUUACACACUUUUAAUUGUCAGGACAAAUGCACCAUCAUUAUAUAAUUGCUACAUAACAGAUUUUUAAUUUUACAAUUUAUAAUUUUCUGCCUUAACCUCCAACCUGAGGAUGGCAGGCCUGCCUAUUCUACCGCAGGUAGCGUGACUCAGUGUUUGCAUUUGGACACUGUUAGUGAAGUAAGGACAACAUAAUCCUAGAAAAAAAUGGACCUGCUGCCAGAGACACCUGAUUUGAAUAAACCAUCUUCAAAGACAAAUGUUCCUCAACCAGAACUCGUACUUCUACAAGUUGCCAAUGAGACUGUGUCUGUGGAACCCACUGAUUCUUCAGUUGGAGCUAAACUUUAUAUAGAACAAUCCAGUAACAAACACAAUGGCAACGUGAUUAAGGAUGAGUCCAGUGGAGUAGACGUUGAGGGACUGACUCCUGGAACUGAGUAUACAUUCAGCGUUACCAGAGUAUCAGGCAAUGGAGCUGAGAGCAAAUCAGACAUCAUGUCUGUGUUUACAGAUCCAGUUCCUCCUGUGCAGAUCACAGUUUCUGAUGUCAACACUGAAACUGCUUCUUUGCAUUUUGAAACUGCUGCUGGAGAAGUUCAGACAUACACUGUGGCUUGUAACAGUGAAGAAAAAAAUGAUCAAGAGUUGAUAAAAGACACAAACAACCUGAAGCUACGGGUUUGUUACUCUCUGCAGGUUUAUAUACAGCUGAAGAAUGAAAGUAAAAGUGAUCCUGUUGUUACACCUACCUGCACAAAUGUUCCUCAACCAGAUGUCACAGUUCUGCAUGUUGGAAGUGACACAGUGACUCUUGGUGUGCCACCCAUUGAUUCCUCAGAGAUGUAAACUACAUAUAAAUUACCACAGUAACACACACAAUGAAAAACUGAUCGAGGACGAGUCCAGCGCUGUGGAUGUUACGGGAAUGACUCCUGGGACUGAGUAUACUUUCAGCAUCACCAGAGUAUCAGACAAUGGAGCUGAGAGCAAACCAGCCAUUGCAUCUGUAACUACAGAUCCACUUCCUCCAGUGGAGAUCAGAGUCUCUGACAUCGGCAGUGAGUCCUUGUCUCUGCAGUGGGACACUCCUCCUGGUGAAGUGGACAGCUACAUUGUGACGUGGCGCAGUGAAGGAGAAGCUGAUCAAGAGCUGACAACACAGGAAAACAGCCUGACCAUCAGCAACCUAAAGCUAGGGCUUCGUUACUUUCUGCAGGUUUUUACGCAGCUGAAGAAUGGAAGAAGAAGUGCUCCUGCUGUUACAUCUGUCUGCACAAAUGUCCCAAAUUUCCAACCCAAUGAGAGUGAGAAAGACUCCAGCUUUGUAGGUGUUGAUGGUCAGAUUCCUGGGGCUGAGUAUAUGUUUAGCAUCACAAGAGUUGCUGCAAAUGGAGCUCAGUGGAAGUCAGACAGUAUAACUGUGUUUACAGAUCCAGUCCUUCCUGUUAAGAUCAAUGUCUCUGAUGUUAGCAAUGAGUCUGUUUCUUUGCACUUUCAAAGUGCUGCUGGUGAAGUGAAACAAUACAUUGUGAAGUGUAGUAGUGAAGGAGAAACUGAUCAAGACCUUCAAAAGAACACAAACAGCCCAAGGCCAGGGGUGUGUUAUUCUCUACAAGUUUCUAUAAAGCUGAACAAUGGAACAAGAAGUGAUCCUGCUGCCACAUCUGCUUCCAAAAAGACACAACUUGAGAGUUUAUUGGAACAUCUGGGAUUGGAGCAGUACUUCAGAAAAAAUCUCUCAAUGAGUCAAAUACUUGAGAUUAAUGAGAGGAGUUUCACAGAUGAACCUAAGUGUUACUCAGAUCUUCCAUGGUGUUUUGUAAAGAAACUGUUAAUGUUUAAUGUGACAGCAAGGAAUGUUAAAUGCACAUCAGAGGGUGACUCAAACUCUAAAGCUACUUCAGAUAAUUUAAACUUAGAUUUAAAUAAUCUAAUUGCCAGUCCAGUCUCAGGUGACAGACUGAACCCUCUUGACAUCAUCACUGCUCUGUUUCUGUGUUCUGAUGGUUUUGUGCAGCAGGAACUGACACUGAAAAUGUCCAUGUGUCAGUUUUCGGUGCCUCUGCUUCUUCCUAACUGUGACACACAGCAGUGCACACUCAUGCUGUGGGCCAUGAGAGACAUUGUUAAAAAGUACAGACCUCAGUCACUUUCAGAGUCAAAGGGCUUUAAGGAGGACAGAAUAGUCGUCUCUGAGCUUCCAAUGAUAUCUUUUGUUAGACUGGGUGAGUGCUCCUUGUCCAAGUCAGAGAUCCUCAACAAGCUACUGAGCAGUUCUCAGCAGUACCAUGACGCCUUUGUUCACCACAACAUGGAGUGUGGAGACAGUCCAAGAAGAAUCUCCAAUGGUCUGGUUGAAAUAUCCUGGUACCUCACAUGUGGAAACAAAAACAUGGACAUCUUCAGUGAGCCAGUGGCUGUGGCCAACCUCCGUGGAGACGCCGCUUCAUUUGAAACACAAUAUUCAUUUUUGUGUCAAACAUCUGCAGCUGUUUUUGUGUUUUCUGAUAACUUGGAGUCUGAAUACACAUUGCUCAACAACCAAAACCACAAGUCGCAAAUCUUUUUGGUGGGUAAUAAACAGGGCACAUACUUCAAUGCAGAUGCUCUAAAACAGGGAGCAACCAGAUUAGGCUUGCAGAAGAAAAACCUCAUUAUCAAAACACAACAGAAAAGUUACGCACAAUUUAUCAAAAAAAUCAAGUCAUCCAUUAAUGAUAUAGUUCAGAACUCAAAGAUGAAGAUGAAAAUAGAGCAGAUGGCUGAUAUUGCUCAUGAACUGGGGAUCAUGGUUGAUGAAGACUGUCCAGAGUGUCAGACGGCCAAGAGAAAUGCAGACGCCAUCACUGCAGAAAUACAAGACACGCUGAAAUACAAAGAAAAUCAGCUUCCACGGCAAGGUCAAAUAUGGAAACAACUGACGAUGUUGGAAAAGGAGGAAUUUAGACUUCAAAAUCUUGGCUCUGAAAACAUAGAAAACUACAAAAGUAAACUUCAAAAACAGAAAACACAACUGAGGGCUAAACAAAACUCUUCUGACAUGUCAGAUGCAAUGACAUGUUUCAUCAACGCAAUAUCAAGACCAGGAACAGAGCGAUGUUAUUUCCUGAAAUGGAUGCGGAUGAACCUUGAUAAUCUGUCUAGAGACAAACUGUCUGACCUUAGGGAGCUGUACAAACACAAAUGUGAAAGUUCCACGAACAAAGAGGAAAUUAAAGACAUUGACAAACAACUGUCCAGCAGCUCAUUGGGAAUCGAACACUUCUUCCGUGAGAUGGGUCAAAUCUAUGAAGCUUCAGUUUCUCUUCCAGAAACAAACCCAUCACGUCAACAGCUCCAGCAUCUGCCCAAACUCUGUGCACAGCUGCUGCUUGAUGGAUUUCCUGUUGAGCUUGUAGAUGGAGAUGCAUCCAACAUACCUCUCAGAUGGGUGAGUGACGUUCUGUCUCAGCUCAAUGAGAUGGUGUCUCCUAAGAACAAGGUUCUGGUCGUCACAGUUCUUGGAGUUCAGAGCACAGGAAAGUCCACUCUGCUCAACACCAUGUUUGGAGUUCAGUUUGCCGUCAGCAGCGGUCGAUGCACUCGAGGUGCUUUCAUGCUGCUCAUCAGAAUCAAUGAGGAUGUUAAAACAGUCCUCAACUGUGACUUCAUGGUGAUCAUUGACACUGAGGGCUUGAAGUCACCAGAACUUUCACAACUGGACAACAGCUAUGAACAUGACAAUGAGCUGGCAACACUCGUUGUGGGUUUGAGUGACAUCACUAUUGUCAACAUCGCUAUGGAGAAUAUUACAGAUAUGAAAGACAUCCUGCAGAUAGUGGUUCACGCUUUUCUCAGGAUGAAAGAGGUCGGUAAAAAACCUAAAUGCCAGUUUGUUCACCAGAAUGUUUCAGAUGUUUCAGCUCAUGAGAAAAAUUCAAGAGACAGAAAACUGCUCCUGGAACAGUUAAAUGAAAUGACCCAGGCAGCAGCCAAGCUGGAAAGCAAAGAGAACUACAAGAGCUUCACUGAUGUGAUGGACUAUGAUCCAGCCACUGGGAACUGGUACAUUCCUGGACUCUGGAAUGGAAACCCACCAAUGGCUCCAGUCAAUGCAGGCUACAGCGAAGCUGUUUAUGAGCUCAAGAAAAAUGUGAUCCAGUUACUGGGGAAUCGUCAGUCAUCAGGUAACAAUAUCAUGGAGUUUACAGAGUGGAUGAGAAGCCUGUGGAAUGCAGUUAAACAUGAAAACUUUAGCUUCAGCUACAGAAACAGUCUAGUUGCUGAUGCGUACAUGAAGCUCUGCACAGAAUUCAACAAAUCAGAAUGGGAAUUCAAAAAAGAAAUGCACACAUGGGUCAUACAAGCUGAAACAAGGAUUUCUAAUUUUGGUGCAGUGUUUGCAAAAACUGAGAUGUCUGACAUCAGAGAACUUCUCACAUGUUUGAAAACUGAAGCUUCCACUAAACUGACUGACUGGGAGAAAAAGCUUCUGGAGAAUCUGACAAAGUACUUUGAGCAGACAGAGGGUCACGUCUAUCUGGUUGAAGGAUACAGAGAAGAAUUCUCAGACAGUGCAAGGAGCCUUCAUCAAGAAAUUGAAAGUUCUACAUUUAAUCAGAUCACAUCAGCAACAGAAAUCAAAGAAGAAAUGACAGAAGUUGAGAAAAUCAAGGAAAACCACACAAAUGAAAUAGAAAAAGCAGUGAGUUCACUGAUUAAUGAAUGUAGGAAGAAAAAUGUCCAGAUGACAGAUGAAGAACUGGACGAUGAAUAUGAAAAAAUAUGGAAUCAAACAAUGAGCAAAAUUUCCAAACAAGAGCUCACAAGUGUCUUCACUAGUGUUUCCUACUACCUGAAACAAAACCUGGCAAAUAGGGGGAGUCGGGCAUGUGAAUUGUUAAGUCAAAAACAACUUGAAGAUUGUGGACUAGAGCCUUUUAAAGUAACAGUGGGAGUAGUGAGACAAAGGUACAUGAUGAACUUCUUUUUUGGACAGGAUUCAAGGCUAGUAUGUCAAAACAUGUCUGACAACAUCAUAGAAGCUUGCAAAAAAGUUGUAGCUGAAAAAACGUCAAAACAUACAAGUUACCAUGAAACUGACAUCCAGGAGAUUCUGCACCUGAUUGAUGAGAAACUACAAAACAAUCAGGAUGUUCACACAGACAUUACAUUUGAAGUUUCUCUAAAACAGCACAUCUGUGGAUUUGCAGCCAGAGAGUUUCAAAAAAUGCAUGAAGAGUUUCUCCAAGUGAAUGAUCCUUACACAUGUCUGAACCAGAACAAAAACAAGUUCUGUGCUGAUUUCAAAGAUUUGUUCCAUAAACGAGACCAGUGUCAGAAAAAGGCAGAAGAAUUUACCAACCGAUGCUUGAAGCCUGCAGUCGAAGACUUUGUCAAACGUUCCCUAGGUCCAGAUAUCAUUGGUGAAAUUAUGACAAUGCAGCAGUUCAGCACACGUACCUUGUUCCAGUUUUCAGUUUUAAAAGAUUUACUUGAAAAGGAUACAUUUGAGGACUAUUACAGUUACAUUUCCUCAUAUGAAGAUUAUGUAAAAAAAUGGAUACUUGACCAAAUAGUGAGUCACUUCUCCAAUGGAUCUAAGAUGUCUGAAUCUGAGGAUCAGCGACUUCAGUCAAAUAUCAACAGCAUUAAUGCUGCCAUCAACAAGGCCAAAACAGAGAAGAGUGAUGACUUGAAGACAUUUGUUGAAGAUGUCUGUAGAGAACUGAGUGAUAAACUGGUCAUUAACCAGUAUGCUCUUGGUGCUUUCAUGAUCCUGAACAACGCGGACAGAGACCAGUUUGCUCACUGGCUCACAGAAAGUGUGACAAACAUGGCACAAACCAUCAGAGAGGAGUUUAAAACAUCAGACAUUGAAGUGGAACUCCAACAUCUCCAUGUAAAACCUCAGAAUGAGCUAUUCACCAAACUGAUAGGAUGUGGAAAACUGUGUCCUUUCUGCAAAUCACCCUGUGAGGCUGAAGGGACAAAACAUACUGAGCACUUUGCUUCACUGCAUCGGCCACAAGGUCUGGGUGGAUACAGGUGGACCACCACAAACAAACUUCUUAUUGACAUCUGCUCGUCUUUGGUGGUCAGUAAUUGCCGGUUCUGCUGUGAUGCUACAAAUAAUAGUUACCAUCCUUACAGGCAUUACAGAGAAAUUUUCCCAGAUUGGAAAAUUCCUCCAGAUGGCAGUCUUCAAGCUUCAGAAUACUGGAAAUUUAUAAUUAUAAAUUUCAACAAAGACUUUGCCAAAAAAUAUAACGCAAAUCCUGCUGAUAUUCCUGAUACCUGGUACAAAAUCACACGUAAGCAGGCAGAAGACAGUCUCAAAGAAACAUUUAACAUCAAUUAAGAUACAGUACUACAUGUUGUGUACUAAAUUAUACUUUGGAACAGUUGUCUUUGGGGAGAGAGGCGAGGUACACCCUGGACAGGUCGCCAGUCCAUCGCAGGGCAAGGUGACAAUUCAAUGACAGAUUAAAGUUAAGAUAAAAUCUAAAGAUAUAGGUAGAUUUAGUUUAAUUCUUUCUACAGAGAAAUAUAAAAUGUCUUUGUUUCUGUCUACAUGAUAUUUUAAAUAUUUACAUUUAUCCUAGAUCAUUUGCUCUAUCACACUAUAUGGUCAGCUACUAGAAAUUAAGAAUGUUUGCUUCUGUUUUUUUUAAUCAAUCACACAAUCAUUUUACAAUCAUUUUUAAUUGUGAUGUUUUUAGUAAUCAGAUUAAGUAUGUGGUACAUUCUCUACAAAUUGUGCAUAUCUUAAAUCGUUUUUAAAGUUACCAAAAAUCAUUUUAUCAUGAACAAAAGCAACAAAAUAUAUUAUUACAAAUAGUGUGCUUAGAGAACAUAUAGAACAAAUCAGUUUUUCUUUUUCAGGGUAUGUUUUCUAUUGGUAAGUACAGAUUCUCUACACAAAUAUUAAUCAUUUUAUUACUACAAAAAAAACAUUUUAGAACAAGUUAGUUUCCAGUCCAGUUGGUAUGACUCAACCUUCAGACAAUGUCGAUACAGUGUUUAUACCAUAGUGAAUUCCACUCUUCAAACAGGUUGUCAACUAAAACUGGGGUCAGUAAAGCUUAUGUAUUAGUUAAAAUAUAAUUGGAUGCAUGUGAAUUUUAGACCCUGAAAAUCUGUGUGUGACACCUUCAGCCUGCCACUACCAACAUAUAAUUGCAAUGAUUGUUGUUCCAAAUUUAUGGGCACUGUAGCAAUGUGAAUAUAAUAAAGAUGUACAAUAUGA